AUGAAGGAAGGUGAAGGAGAAAAUGAAGGAAAGAGGAGAAUGGAGGGGAUCAACGCAAGCGGAUGCAAGGAAGAAUUGAGGGAGUUGAAGAGUAAGAUAGACAGAAGAGAGGAGAUAGAGGAGGAGUCCCAAAGGGAAACAGAGGAAGAAGCGGAAGAAAGGAACAAAGAAGGAUUGCAGAUGAUGGAAGAAAACGGGAAAGGAAGAAGACUGGAAGAACAGGGGGAAGAGGAUAAGGAACAGAGGAGAAAGAAAGAGCAAGGAAAAGGGGUAACGGAGAAGAAAGAAGAAGAAGGAAAGACAAGAGGAAAGGCAGAGCAGAGUGAAGGAAAGGAGGAAAAGAAAGAGGUGGAGAGAAAAAGGAUAAAGGAAGAAGAAAGGGAAGACAGGAGAAGUGAAGAGGAAAAUAAAUGGAAAAGGGGAGAAAAGAUGUGGAGAAAACGACAUGACUUGGAUGUCGUCUUUCUGGAUAUCGAGCUCGAUAAAGAGCAGCAGCUUGACGAUAAUUUUUAUGACAUUCGCCAAGAAUAA